ACGAGCCAAACGUCAAAUCACAUCCAUCAAAUACACGAAUAUUAUUGUCAGAAUUUUUGUGCUUAAAACAUUUUUAUUUAUACCAAAGUUAUAAGUUUAUCUGUUUAAACGAUGUGGUUGUCGCUUGUAAUAUUCUAGGGAGUGAUGAAAAUAUUGAUUUUGCUAUUUUAUAAAUUCCUUGCUGAAAUAUUAGACAUCUUGAACAAGUUUUUCAACGUGCCCAAAUUGCGAAAUCUUCGCGAGAUUGUGGAUGCAAAAGCAGAACAACUAGAGGAUAUGAGUAGUGAUACAGCCUUGUUAACUGCUUUAGACUCUGUGAAGGUGUAUAUUUUUCGACCGUACGAAGUGAAGCGUAUCAAAUAUAAGAGUUAUACAAAAAAUGGGAGAUCAAGACCAUACGCUCGCAGUGGACACCGGAUUGUUUGCAACGAUUCAACCAUUUAUUGCUUUGGAGGAUUCAAUCCGAAUAUGACAGAGGUCAACGAUGACGAUGAAGCUUCCUGCCUGUUUCAAGAGCUGUGGAAGUUCGACAUAAUACGGAGGGAAUGGACCUUGAUUAUGGGACCUAAUAACGACCUACCGCAGGAACUGGCUUCCAAUGCGAUGCUUUUGCAGGGAGAUUUUUUGGUGGUGUAUGGAGGAACUGGUUUCCCAUUCGGCGUGAACUGUUCAAACAGGAUUUAUUUUUGUCAACCAGGCAAAAAACCAAAAGCAAUGACCGAAAUGGAAGUUAAAGGUGAUUGUCCGCCAGCACAGUAUGGGCAGACUAUAUUGUAUCACGAUGGUUUUUUGUAUACAAUUGGCGGAACUGAAGGUUUUGAUUACACUUGUGAUGUUUAUAGGUUAAAUGUAUCAUCUAAAACAUGGGAAUGUGCCUACACCUGUCGGCAGGAUAUCCGAGAUGAUCCCCCAGGUCGAUAUAGGCAUGAGAUUGCAUUUGACAAUGGAAAAAUUUAUGUUAUUGGAGGCGGCACAAGUGAUUCCGCAUUUAGCUUAGCCUCAAUACCUACAUAUGACAUAAAACAAAAUGUGUGGACAUACACGGCUACGAAACCGGAUCCUAAACUACCGCUUCCUGGUGUUCCAUCAGCCCGGAAGUGUCAUUCAUGUGUUCAGUACAAAACAGAAAAUGGUACAGAGGUAGUCAUUGCUGGAGGAUACGAUGGUCGUUUAUAUUAUGGUGAUAUUUGGAAGCUUAACCUGAAUAAUCUUGAAUGGCGUCUAAUGCAAAAAUCAGUUCUACCCUACCCGUUGUUUUUUCAUGAUGCCGCAUCAAAUAAUGAAGGCUGUAUGUAUAUAUUUGGAGGAAUCAAGUUUAGUUUCAAUAAUAACGUACGCACGAACGUCAUAUAUAAAAUGUGGACAACUAUUCCCAAGUUGAGUGAAAUUAGCUGGGAAGCAGUGUUACAUUAUUGGCCUAGUCUGCCAAAACAAUCAAAAGGAGCACUUCUUGCAGUGGGUAUCCCAGCAAAAUUUGUACGAAGAGUGCAUGAAAUAUAAACCCAUAGUGUAAUUUGGUUGAAAUAAAAUGCAUUUGCAUUCUCUUGUAAUAAAUUUCAGGAGGUCAUGAA